AUGGCGCUCACCAUCCUCCCUGAUGUCUCCUCUGCAGCGGAACAGGCUGGCAGGCAGCCUGCCAUGGGGCCCUGCUCAGAAGACACCCCCCUCUGCUGGGCUUCCUGGCUCCUGGUCUUCAGCAGCCUCCUCCUCAGUGUCUGCAGCACUGGGAUCAAGAGUUCUGGAGCACAUGGUGCUAGAGUUCAGGAUUCCGCGUCCUACGUUUCUCUGAAGGGGAUCCGAGGAGGUUCUGUGUGGUUUCAUGUGUUCAAGCAACCAGGAACUGAGCUGCAGGAGAUUGCUUGGGCCUUUGGCCCCGCCAUUAAAUACACAGUCAUGCUGCAAGUCCAUAAAGGGUCAGAAGGGACUCCAACCUGGGUCAGCCUCCAGGACAAGUACAUGCAGAGGGUCCACGUGCCCAACAUGACAUCCCUGAGGAUUGAGAACUUGACCCGUGAGGACAGUGGGCAGUACCGGGCUAGAGCCAACUUUCCUGGGGGAAUGGAAUCUAACAAGAUUUUCGACCUCACUGUCUAUGAGCCUGUGCCCCUUCCCCAGAUCCUGGCCAAGUCAGUGUCCACCACAGGAGGUUGGUGCAACAUCACCCUAGAGUGCAGGGCUUCAGGGGUCACGGACGACCUGAAUGUGACCUGGGAAAGCAAGGACCUCCCAAGGGAGCUGGAACCAGCCCGCAACUCCUGGACCCUGGCUGUGAGCCUGCCUCUGAGCCCGCCCAAUGCCAGCCUCAGCUGUGUGGUCAGCAACUCGGAGGACCAGAAAACUAUCACCACAUUCCUUGGGGAAUUCUGUGACUAUGAUUCACAGGGACAGGCCUCAACAGGCACCCUCAAAGCCAUCCUAGGGCCCAUCGUGGCUGUGCCAUUGAUCCUCGGUGUUGGACUGUACCUUUGGAAGACACAUGAGAAGAAGAAGAAGAUGGAGAUUGGAAGAGGUGCAGGACUGCAGGAGGAACACAGGAACCACGAUGAUGACAUCCAGUAUGCAGAGCUGAGCCUGCAGGAGUCUCGAGGGGGCAGGGACAAGGGUAUGAGGGAACGUAUGAGGGAACGACGUCUGCAAGAAAAGGAAGAUCUCACUGCUGUCUACAGUGAGGUUCAGAAGCCAGGCCAGGCCAGGCCAUGAAGAUAAAGAGAAAACAGGAGAAUCAGCAUUCCUAGGACACCUCCACACUGAGCUUGAUCCCUGCAGACACCUGCCUCUUCCAGCUCUGGUCCAGCUCCAGCUGCUUCUGGUCCACAUUGCUCUGACCCUCAUGUCUUCAACUCCCUAGGCACAUGUAGCCCUGUCAUGUCCUCUGACACCUCCCUAAGCUGCCCUCCCACUCAUGAGCCUCACUCCUGCAGGACAAGUGCUCUUUCCCUGUCAUUGACUUGGCUCCUGACCCCUCUCCUCCUGAAGAUUCCCCAAAGGAGACCCUCCUGAUUGUGCUUGUGUUAAUCCCCACAACCUCUGCUGUGUGUCUUUUUGAGAACAUGAGCACAAGUUUGGGGACUGUGUAGAUGUGUUGACCAUGCCACAAAGGAGGCAGUGAGGCCCUUGGUGCUGGAUGCUGAGUUCGGGAUUAAUGGAAGCAGCACGGGUGGGUGGGAGCCCACAAAGGGACUGGCCUGAGGCUUCCUUUGCACCUUGUGGAGGGCUCCCUUGGGGGUGUUGGGCAGUGUGUGUGUGUGUGUGUGUGUGUGUGUUGAGGGGAGUGUCUAGUGUUCGUUACAUACUGGCCAGAGCCCUUGUUCUUGGCCACAUGUGCUAACCUGGACCUUGGCCUCAGUGUCAGCCCAUGGGUCCCAAACCCACUGUCUUAUGGAGUGAGAAGAGGAAGUGGUACUGUUUCAGGCCCUUUCAAUUCUUCUGUUUGUCAGAAAAUCGCUCCAGAGGCCCAAAGUUGGGAAUUGCCCUCUUAGGAAAACAGCUUCAUCUCUUCUCCUACCUUGGAUAGGGGCACUGGGUGCUUGGAAUGGAUGUGCAGUGACCUCCCACCCUCCUUGGUGGGGCUGUUGUGGGGUGUGAAGCUUGUGGGACCAGCCGUCUCCAGACUCUUCUGCUGACCCUCAGCUGCCCACAACCAUGCUGGCCUCAGUGCCUAGGUCAGCCCCUCUUUGCUCAUUCAUAUCCCUCUGUCUAGAAUGACAGUUCCCUCUCCCCGUUCCUUGCUCCCAUCCCUGCCUGUUGAAAUACUACCAUCCUCCCUGAAGCCUCCUUCCAAGUCACGUGUUGCAUGGAUCCUGUCCUGUCCCAAAGGUUUGGAAAUGGUCUCUCCCAUGUCUGACAUUUUCAAAUGCUUUGGAUGUAACUAAGGCCACUGCCACAGUCUGUCCUGGAUUAGUCAUGAGUCUUCUCUGCUGGACUAACCUGGGGCUCCCUCAGGAGGGUGUUGGGGCUGUAGGAGGCCAGGACCAAGAAGACAAGUACCCGUCUCUGUGAAGGGUCUGGGCCGAUUCCUCCCACGGGAGCUCAGCAGACUGAGACCAAGAGCACAGAGGCUGCUGCAGGUCUUUCUGGUGCUGGGUCCACGUGGAAGCAAGGAUGGACAUGAUGACCUCCCAUGACCCUGCUGAUGACCUCUCAUGACUCUCCCUGGCCCAGAAAUCUGAAGUCGGGUCUUCCUCACCCCACCUGCAGCCUCACAUUGCCUGAGGACCUGAUGCAGCCUGCACUGUGGUGUGUGGGAGCUUCUCUCCUCCAUGGGGGUACUCACCUCCUCAAAGCUUCUGCCUCCUUCCAUGGAUCCAAGAUUUUGGGUCAGAGAUAGACUUACUGGUACUAUGAAAUCUGGUAUCUCAUCUCCCGGCCUAGACUCCUGGGUCUCUUGGUUCCCCUCCCAGUCAGCUCAGCUCAGCUGCUUCAUCCCUGACCUCAAAGCAAGUUCUGAGCUACAGGCUUGAGCAUUAUGAAGCAAUGCUAGGAGCCUGCUGGAUGGGGCAUGGAUAAGGGAAGAGUAUGGGGAUCCAUAAUAAGGCUGUUUCUGACCUCUUUUCCCUCAGGCUGAGCAGGAAGCUGAGAGAGAAAAAGAUGUCAUCUCCUCACUGGCAUCCCAGGUGACUGGUUAUGGCUAGGCGUCAAUUUCCAUCAGCCCAGGAGCAGUGACCCCC